AUGGAUGGUAUCUUAGGACAAUUGCUCGUUAGCGAUCUUGCAUAUGACAUAUCUGAAAGAGAACUCUAUAAUCUUUUUCUACCUUAUGGUAGAAUAGAAAAAAUCAGCUUGAAUCGUAAAAAGGAAAAAAACCUGUCAAGCGCUAUAAUCACCUACUCAGAUGAGAAUUGUGCUAAAAUGGCUCGUUUAGAAUUGAAUGGAAUUAUGCUGAAAAGCAAGCACAUUUUAGUAAUUCCUUAUAGUGCAAAAAGAGAUAAAUGGUGAUAUUGAUGGAAAUAGGACUACGAGGCGCACUCCCUAGCAGGUCAGACGCAUUCUGAUAAAGCUGAAGUAUGGCUUCAGUCGGUUUUUAAAGCAGCACUACAGGCCCGGGGAAGUCUUGUCGAAGAGGGAUGCUUUGUUUCUUUCCAGGAUGGGCUAGGCAGGUUGUGUCUACCAUAUGCACCUUCUCAUCGGGAUCAUCAGAUCACUCUAAAAGAGGAGGCUCUGCCCUAGGGAACUGAUCGCUUGGAAAGGUGGUUCAGCUCGAAAAUCCAAAAUGGUGACAUUUUUAGGCUCAGAUAGGCGACAGUUAGUGAGUUGAGCCGCUUAUGGCUGACAUAAUCGCUCAAUAUUUAUAUAAUAUAUUAUAGUGCAGCGCUCCAGAAAAUCCAAAAAGCUAAUAUUUUCGUUAAAAACAUCCCAAAAGACUUUACAACAAAAGACCUUGAAGCCUGAUUUUCUAAAUAUGGGGAAAUUGUAAGUUCAAAAAUAUGUUACAAUGCAAAUGGACAGCCUUUAGGGUACGGAUUUAUCCAAUUCACUUUAAAAGAUGCAGCAGAUAAAGCGGUUCAAGCUCCAAUAGUAGUAAAAGACACAAUAAUUACAGCAGAAAGGUUCAUCCCCAAACAAGAUAGAGCUAUUUCAUCCAAAAAUAAUGUGUAUGUCAGAGGAUUCAAUGAAGCCUUUAGUGAAGAAUCCCUAGAAGCAAUUUUCUCAGAAUAUGGGAAAGUCACUAGUAAAAUAAUUUGCAAGGACCCAGAUGGAAACUCCAAAUGUUUUGGCUUCGUGUGCUUCGAACACUCAAAAAGUGCUGAGCAAGCAGUUCAAGCGCUUCAUGGUAAAACAAAUGAGCUGGGGUUCGAAUGAUUUGUAUGUCAAGCUGUCAACAAAUUUGAAAGAAGUCUCAUGAUAAAACGAGAACUAGCAGAGAAAAGAGAAGAUUGGAAAAAGCGAAAUUUGUGCUUAAAAGGGAUACCGACUGGAUUGACUGAGGAGCAGCUGAAAGAAAUCCUGAGAGAGUAUGGAGAAAUUGAGUCUUUGAAAAUAGCCACUAUAGACAACUACAGGGUUGAUGAUAUUGUUACAUUAGAAAAGAAGCCUACCGGCACUGUUUUAGUAUGUUUCAAAGAUAAAAAGGAAGCAGAAAAAGCUUUAAAUAGGCUGCAGCAUCUAAAAAUCAAUAAUUUAGAAAUAAAAGUUUUCAAGUGGAAACCUAGAGCAGAGUUGAUACAGUCAAUUAAAAAGCAUAAAAAUACUCAAAAGAUGCCUCCUGAACAGAUUUUAAAGCAAAAUGGGCAGAGGUUUUUCAACCCGUGGAUUCAGCCUAAAUUUUCGUAUCGGCAGUUAGCCAGACCUAGGCAAAUAUAUCAAAAUCAAAAAUAUACUCAAGACACUCCUCAAAGAAGUCCAGAAUGUGAGCCUGUUAAUUUCAAUUAUGAAUUUUAUCAAAUUUCAGAUGGUCCUACAAGAAAGCAAAUUCUUGGAGAAACAAUUUACACAGAAAUUCUCCCACAUUUUAAAGAAUUCACAGGUAAGGUCACUGGGAUGAUUCUUGAAAUGCCAGAAACGGAGCUACUUGGUCUUUUAAAAGAGAAAAGGCUGCUAAACUCAAAGGCUAACGAAGCUUUGGAGGUCUUAAAAGAGCAUCUUGGCCGUCAUAAUUAA